UCUCUUAUCAAUCGGAUAUAUCUAGGGCCGACUGCCGACUGCCGAGAACCCAAAACGAUGUCGUCUUUGGCCAUUCUCACGAAUCUCAUCCGAUGCUUUCCCACUCACAAAUAUCAAAGCCCAGCGUAUCAAAUCUCCUCUCUCUCUCCCUCUGCUUUUGAAUCAAUUUGAUUUCUCAUUAGGGUUUUUGAUUUUCUGUGUGUCUCUCCCAAGGGGUUUCCUCUCCAAUGUCUUCGCAAUCAGCAGCCUACUACUCCACACUCCCCUCCACUUCCGCCGCCACCGGCGACGCGCGCUUCUCCUUCCCUACGAGUCGCCCAUGGCGGGAGCUCGUCCAACCGUUUUCCUCCUUUACGCGCCCCUACGCGCUGGGCGAAGCCGGCAUCCGCAUAAAGGGCAACCUGAGCCACUUCCGCGUGAACUACGCGGUCAUCGUCCUCCUCGUCCUCUUCCUCAGCCUCCUCUGGCACCCGAUCUCCAUGAUUGUCUUCCUUCUCAUCUUCGUCGCCUGGUGCUUCCUCUACCUCCUCCGCGACGCGCCGCUCGUGUUCUUCAACCGCCACGUCGACGACCGCCUCAUUCUCGGCUUCCUCGCGGUCGUCACCGUCGUCGCUCUGGUGCUCACCACCGUGUGGUUGAACGUGCUGGUUUCGCUCUUGAUCGGAGCCGCGAUUGUCGUCCUUCACGCUACGUUUCGUGGCACGGAGGACUUGUAUCGCGACGACGAGCAAGACGCCGCCGAUGGAGGCCUCUUCUCCGUUGUCGGCAGUCCCCCCACGCGCUCCGCUUUCAGCCGCAUAUAAGACCGUUUGUCACGCGCCGAAGGUUGUCGAAAUACAAAGAUUUCUCAUCAUUGAACAUGCCGGGCCAGGAAUCUGUAUGAAUUGAAGUUAUACAGAUUCUCUUUACUGUUGUGCCCUGUGUGUGUGAGAGAAGUUGUCAACUCCGUUGAUUGUGGGAUUGUGGGAUUUACAAGUACAAGGCAUUGGAGAUUGCAAUGCAUUUGUUAUGGCCCAUGUGUGGGAAUGCGAGAGAAACGAUUCAAGGAAGAAGCCAAAAGGCCAUUUUUAUGGCCCUUUUCAUGUUCUACUUAUUAGUUUAAUGAUACAGAUUUUGUAAAUUCCGAUUGGAGUUUGUAGUUUUUUGAGUUCCUUCAAUUAGUGGGAUAUUGUUUCAUUGUUGAAUGCUUUCAAUGUUGUGUGUGAGCUUAAUAGGAUUGUAUCUUUAGAACCCCAA